AGAAGCUCUGGUUGGACAGACAAAAAAAAAGUAACAUAUUUUAUUUUGCUUUGGGAGAAGUCAAGGGGGUCUGGAAUUAAGAACAAACUGACAGGUAAUGAAAAUGGCGGGUAUUUCUUGCUAUGGUAUGCUUUCACAGACCCUCGUCAACAAGAAAGUGGAAGGUAUCUACUGCUGCUCCCCUGCACCCAAUAAUAACCAGAAGGUGAAAACCCAAACUCCCAAGUUCUUGAAAAUUGCUGUUACUGGUGUCACUGAACUACUCAGGCUCUUCAGCUUCUCCUCACCAAGAACAAACAUGAGAGUGGAGAUAUCUGAUGAUGAAGGGGCUGAAGAACCUUUGGUCUCUAAUGUAGAUGAUGUCCUAAAGAUUAUCAAGUCAGAUUAUGAGAAAUCUUAUUUUGUUACAGGACUCUUCACUAGUAGAAUUUAUGCAGAAGACUGCACCUUUGAAGAUCCAACUAUAAAAUUCCGUGGAAGGGACUUGUAUUCCCGCAACUUGCAGUUGCUGGUACCGUUUUUUGAUAGUCCAUCAAUCGAAUUAGAAAAGAUUGAGAAGGGUAAUGAUUCUAAUGUGGAGGUCAUAGUGGCAUACUGGAAAUUGAGAACAUCCCUCAAACUUCCAUGGCGGCCGCUCAUCUCUGUUGAUGGAAAGACAGUCUAUGAUCUAGAUGAAAAACUCAAAAUUGUUAAGCAUGUCGAGAGCUGGAACAUUUCUGCUUUUGAAGCCGUUGGUCAGAUAUUAAUGCCUGGUUUGAGGAGCUCCGGUGAGUGAAAACUCUACAGAGGAAAGUUCCUGAGCUGAUAUUAUUUCUAAAAGACUCGUAAAGAAUUAGAUUUUUUAUUUGAGCUUACUCUGAUCUCAGAACCACCCUCUAAAGUUUACUCACAGCUUGAGUUGGAAAGACGGGUAUAUAGGUAAUAAAUAGGUGAAGUGAUUUCUCUUAACAUCCAUUUAUAGUAAUUACUCAUUCAGUGUAUCAUUUAUUACGUCAAUUUAUCUUGUACAUCAUUCUUGCCUCCAAAUAGAGAUCUAGAUGACUUGGAGAGUGUGACUGUCCUCCAACGGAAAUUGUAGUAGCUUUUCCACCUACAUGAUGCUGGAGUUCAUCAGCCCUCCAUCAACACUUUCCUUGUGUAACAAUGCCAUCGUUGCUAUUGCUAUGAUAAACUCUUCCUAUUGUGCUUUGCCU